GGAAGCAGAAAGGAGAUGACUGCCAGCACUGUCCUCCUGCUCUUCAUCCUCUCUCACACCGGCAGCAGGGCAGAGAAUGCAGAGGAGCGGCUGGUGAACUACCUCUUGGGUCCAGAGCGCUACAACAAACUGAUCAGACCGGCUGUCAAUAAGAGCCAACAGGUCACCAUCUCCAUACAGGUGUCUCUGUCGCAGCUCAUCAAUGUAAAUGAGAGGGAACAGAUAAUGACUACCAACUUGUGGCUGUUUCAGGAGUGGAACGACUACAGGCUUAGAUGGGACCCAGAGAAGUACGAGGGCAUCAAGAAACUACGAAUACCAUCCAAACACAUCUGGCUUCCUGAUAUAGUUCUCUACAACAAUGCUGAUGGCGUGUACGAGGUUUCCUUCUAUUGCAAUGCUGUGGUCUCCAACACAGGAGACAUCUUCUGGCUUCCUCCGGCCAUCUACAAGUCGGCCUGCGCCAUCGAGGUGCAGAACUUCCCCUUCGAUCAGCAGAACUGCACUCUCAAGUUUCGCUCCUGGACCUAUGACCACACUGAACUCGAUCUGAUUCUCACAAGCGACUUUGCGAGCCGUGAUGACUUUACUCCGAGUGGAGAGUGGGAUAUCGUCUCACUCCCGGCGCGCAAAAAUGAGGACCCCAAUGACAUCACCUACCUGGAUAUCACCUAUGAUUUUGUGAUCAAGAGGAAGCCGCUGUUUUACACCAUUAACCUGAUCAUCCCAUGUGUGCUGAUCACGUCGCUGGCUAUCCUGGUGUUCUACCUGCCAUCAGAUUGCGGGGAGAAGAUGACGCUGUGCAUCUCCGUGCUGCUGGCACUCACUGUGUUCCUGCUGCUGAUAUCAAAGAUAGUGCCACCCACCUCUCUGGCAGUGCCACUCAUAGGUAAAUACUUGAUGUUCACCAUGGUGCUGGUCACUUUUUGCAUUGUGACCAGUGUCUGUGUCCUCAAUGUGCAUCACCGCUCCCCAUCCACUCAUCACAUGCCCGACUGGGUCAAACGCUUCUUCUUAGUCCGCCUCCCUGCCUUCCUCUUCAUGAGGCGUCCAGGAUCUUCCAACGUCCGUGAUAAACUCCGCAGGAAGUAUGCCAACCGGAGUACCGUCGGGAAAAACAAUUCCCAAAGCGGCACAGACAAGAGGCAGUAUUCAAACAUCAGACUCGGUGGGAUCCGAACAGAUGCCGACUCUAUCUAUGUGAAUGAGGACUUGGCACACAAGUUUUGCUGGAAGGUGGAUGACAUCCCAGAUGCAGGUGGUGGGUUUUCAGACUUCCGGAAGCCUUUGGCUGUUCAGUGGGAUGCAGAUGUGGAGGAGGCAGUGGAUGGAGUAAGAUACAUCGCUGAACAUAUGAAGACAGAAGAUGACGAUGAAGGGAUCAUAGAAGACUGGAAGUACGUAGCUAUGGUGAUAGACCGUCUGUUCCUGUGGAUCUUCAUCCUGGUGUGUGUGGUGGGAACUCUGGGGCUCUUCAUGCAGCCGCUGUUUCAAAGCUAUAACACUCCCGCAGCUGAUGACACAGAGUAUGGAGAUUUCUAA